CCGAUAAAAUGGCGAUUGCACCCAUUACUGGUAUGCUCCGCCGGGGCCUCAUCACCGAUCUUAGCAUUGCGCUUGGUCUUGGAUUUGCCUUUGCCAACGCCUUCUGGUACGGCUACCAUGUCCCGCGCACCAACGCCCGCGACAGCUACUACAGGAAGUUGGAGGAGCAGCGCGCUGCGAGGCAAGGGGCGUGAGUGUGUCGGGAUGGCAUGACUGGGCAACGCAGGGCUGCAAAACCCCCGACGACGAUAGAGAGGGAGGGAGUAAACAUGAAGGGGCGGGAGAUCGGUUGUGUAUCAUACGGAUAGACAGGGGCAGCAGUUGAGUCAGUGGGCAGGACCGUGUCUGUUUCCUUGGGUAGAGGAUAUGGUGUGGCAGCAAGCGCCAGUAUCCUUUUUGCCGAAAAAGUAACCGAUGUCUAGCCAGACUUGUUGUUCUUUGCAGCUGCUUGCGAUACAGAUUUGACGCUGUGCGCGCCCUGGACGUCUGGCGGGCUCAAUUCUGGCAUUGUGGUGCUAGCUCGAGCUGCGGUUCCUUCCCAAGUUGUCGUUUCUGCCAUA